AUGAUGAGAGCCGUGCGUUACCAUGGACCAGGUGAUGUCCGUGUAGAGGAGAUCCCGGAACCGGUGGCUGGAGACGGGCAGAUCAAGAUCAAGGUUGCUUGGAACGGAAUUUGCGGCUCUGAUUUGCACUUGUAUCAUGCGCUAUUACCCCCCAUUACUCCCACUCUUAUCACACCAAACUAUGUGACGGGCGAAACUCUCCCGGUUGUGAUGGGGCAUGAAUUAUCCGGCACAAUUGUCGAACUGGGUGCGGGUGUAGAUUCUGACAAGUAUGCGGUAGGGCAAAAUGUCGUUGUCGAACCCGUCCUGUCGUGCAUGGAGCCCUCUUGUGGCCCCUGUACGGCCGGAACGAGGAACGUUUGUCCGCAUCUGACUUUCAUUGGCAUUGGCGGCGGAGGUGGUGGCAUGGCCGAAUACAUCUCCGUGAAGCAGAACCUCGUAUACGUUCUACCAGCUGGCAUUCCCCUGGAAGUUGGCGCCUUAAUGGAGCCCUUGUCAAUCGUCUGGCAUGCCAUCAACCGAUCCAACUUCAAGCCUGGGGAUAAUGUGCUGAUCCUCGGCGCGGGACCAAUCGGGCUGCUACUUCUCAAAGUUCUGAGGGCUCGUGGCGCACAAUGGAUCGGGGUGUCCGAGCCUGCUGCGCGUCGCCGCGAAACAGCCGUCGAGUUCUCCGCGUCAAUCGCGUUCGAUCCAUCGUCAACCGAUGUGGUUGCAGAGACACGUCGCGCUACGCAGGGUCAGGGUGCGGACGUCGUGUUCGACUGCGCAGGCAUUCAGGCGAGCAUCGAUACUGCGAUAGUCGCGGCGCGUCCGCGGGGAAAUGUCACGAACGUCGCUAUCUGGGAGAAGUCGCCCGUCAUCGACCUCACCACCAUGACUCACAAGGAAGUCACGAUCAGUUCUGCGGUCGGAUGUGACCGAGUGCACAACGACCUUAUCCGGGCCGUGGCGGACGGAAAGCUGACGGGGCUUGAGGCUCUUAUAACGCGCAAGAUCGCUUUCGAAGAUGUCGUGGAGAAGGGAAUCUUGGCCCUUAUUCACGAGAAAGAUACGCAGAUUAAAAUUCUCGUGCACCCUUGA